UGACCUCCACAAGAUGGCAGUCACAUUGUUACUGGCUGGUUGUGCAUGUAGAUUCCUUGACCUCCUCAAGAUGGCUGUCCUGCUGCUGUAGGAGGACAGGAAUGAGCUGUAAGGGAGAAGCAGCCCAGUCUGUUAUAUAGUCUGCCUGCAGGUAAGGACUCACACUGGGCUCUCCCUGCUGUGUGUCCAUGUUACAGGGGGAGAGCAUGGCUGCAGCAGGUCAACUCAGUGUGUGUAAAUAGCACUUUACUUCAUUAACCCUUUAUUCUGCCAGUGUGAGCAUUGCAGAGCCCCCCUGUCUCCUUCUACCCCCCUCAGACCAUGCUGGUGUGCCCUGUCGUGAGUACCAUGUCUGUGACCAUGCUGGGUGUGUCCUGCCCUGUCAGUGAGAGCAUUGCAGAGUCCCCUGUCUCCUUCUAUCCCCCUCAGACCAUGCUGGGUGUGUGCUGCCCUGUCAGUGUGAGCAUUGCAGAGUCCCCCUGUCUCCUUCUACCCCCCCCUUAGACCAUGCUGGGUGUGUCCUGCCCUGUCAGUGUGAGCAUUGCAGAGUCCCCCUGUCUCCUUCUAUCCCCCCCUCAGACCAUGCUGGGUGUGUCCUGCCCUGUCAGUGAGAGCAUUGCAGAGUCCCCCUGUCUCCUUCUAUCCCCCCCUCAGACCAUGCUGGGUGUGUGCUGCCCUGUCAGUGAGAGCAUUGCAGAGUCCCCCUGUCUCCUUCUAUCCCCCCCUCAGACCAUGCUGGGUGUGUGCUGCCCUGUCAGUGUGAGCAUUGCAGAGUCCCCCUGUCUCCUUCUAUCCCCCCCUCAGACCAUGCUGGCUGUGUGCUGCCCUGCCAGUGUGAGCAUUGCAGAGCCCCCCUGUCUCCUUCUAUAUCCCCCCUCAGACCAUGCUGGGUGAGUGCUGCCCUGUCAGUGUGAGCAUUGCUGAGCCCCCCUGUCUCCUUCUAUCCCCUCCUCAGACCAUGCUGGCUGUGUGCUGCCCUGUCAGUGUGAGCAUUGCAAAGUCCCCCUGUCUUCUUCUAUCCCCCCCCACCCCCCUCCCCUCAGACCAUGCUGGCUGUGUGCUGCCCUGUCAGUGUGAGCAUUACAGAGUCCCCCUGUCUCCUUCUAUCCCCUCCUCCGACCAUGCUGGCUGUGUCCUGCCCUGUCAGUGUGAGCAUUACAGAGUCCCCCUGUCUCCUUCUAUCCCCCCCUCAGACCAUGCUGGGUGUGUGCUGCCCUGUCAGUUUGAGCAUUACAGAGUCCCCCUGUCUCCUUCUAUCCCCUCCUCAGACCAUGCUGGCUGUUUGCUGCCUGUGGUGUAUUACCAAAUUCUAUAAAUUAUUAUGUACGCAUACACAUAUAAACUCUGGUCCGUCUACUUUAACAAAUAUUUAUUCAGAGACAAAACAACAACAACAUACAAAUAAUGACACACAAUCUAACUAUACCAGCAACAACAACCUAACUAACAAUAACAACUACAUCUUAUAAAAUCACCAGAUCCCACUCACAGUUCACCGUGAUAGAAAUUAGGCCAUGUCUGCUUAAGGGACUGCUCAGUAGCACAGCCAAGAAGGAACAGAGAGGAAUGGAGAUAGGGGGAAGUGGUUAUCUCUUUCCUGACUAGUAAAGGUAUUGAAUUACUAAUUAACAUUUCAAAAGGGUAAAGCUUAUCCCACUGUAAGAGCUUGGUCACAUGAUCCCUGGUCACCAUAUUAAUUUGAUGACAGAAUGUCACCACACUGCCCUGUCAGUGUGAGCAUUGCACAGUCCCCCUGUCUCCUUCUAUCCCCUCCUCCGACCAUGCUGGCUGUGUGCUGCCCUGUCAGUGUGAGCAUUGCAGAAUCCCCCUGUCUCCUUCUAUCCCCUCCUCAGACCAUGCUGGGUGUGUGCUGCCCUGUCAGUGUGAGCAUUGCAGAGCCCCCCCUGUCUCCUUCUAUCCCCUCCUCAGACCAUGCUGACUGUGUGCUGCCCUGUCAGUGUGAGCAUUGCAGAGUCCCCUGUCUCCUCUCUAUCCCUCAGACCAUGCUGUGUGCUUGCACUAGUUUGAAACACACAGAGUCCCCCUGUCUCCUUCUACCCCCCCCUUAGACCAUGCUGGGUGUGUCCUGCCCUGUCAGUGUGAGCAUUGCAGAGUCCCCCUGUCUCCUUCUAUCCCCCCCUCAGACCAUGCUGGGUGUGUCCUGCCCUGUCAGUGAGAGCAUUGCAGAGUCCCCCUGUCUCCUUCUAUCCCCCCCUCAGACCAUGCUGGGUGUGUGCUGCCCUGUCAGUGUGAGCAUUGCAGAGUCCCCCUGUCUCCUUCUAUCCCCCCCUCAGACCAUGCUGGCUGUGUGCUGCCCUGCCAGUGUGAGCAUUGCAGAGCCCCCCUGUCUCCUUCUAUAUCCCCCCUCAGACCAUGCUGGGUGAGUGCUGCCCUGUCAGUGUGAGCAUUGCUGAGCCCCCCUGUCUCCUUCUAUCCCCUCCUCAGACCAUGCUGGCUGUGUGCUGCCCUGUCAGUGUGAGCAUUGCAAAGUCCCCCUGUCUUCUUCUAUCCCCCCCCACCCCCCUCCCCUCAGACCAUGCUGGCUGUGUGCUGCCCUGUCAGUGUGAGCAUUACAGAGUCCCCCUGUCUCCUUCUAUCCCCUCCUCCGACCAUGCUGGCUGUGUCCUGCCCUGUCAGUGUGAGCAUUACAGAGUCCCCCUGUCUCCUUCUAUCCCCCCCUCAGACCAUGCUGGGUGUGUGCUGCACUGUCAGUUUGAGCAUUACAGAGUCCCCCUGUCUCCUUCUAUCCCCUCCUCAGACCAUGCUGGCUGUGUGCUGCCUGUGGUGUAUUACCAAAUUCUAUAAAUUAUUAUGUACGCAUACACAUAUAAACUCUGGUCCGUCUACUUUAACAAAUAUUUAUUCAGAGACAAAACAACAACAACAUACAAAUAAUGACACACAAUCUAACUAUACCAGCAACAACAACCUAACUAACAAUAACAACUACAUCUUAUAAAAUCACCAGAUCCCACUCACAGUUCACCGUGAUAGAAAUUAGGCCAUGUCUGCUUAAGGGACUGCUCAGUAGCACAGCCAAGAAGGAACAGAGAGGAAUGGAGAUAGGGGGAAGUGGUUAUCUCUUUCCUGACUAGUAAAGGUAUUGAAUUACUAAUUAACAUUUCAAAAGGGUAAAGCUUAUCCCACUGUAAGAGCUUGGUCACAUGAUCCCUGGUCACCAUAUUAAUUUGAUGACAGAAUGUCACCACACUGCCCUGUCAGUGUGAGCAUUGCACAGUCCCCCUGUCUCCUUCUAUCCCCUCCUCCGACCAUGCUGGCUGUGUGCUGCCCUGUCAGUGUGAGCAUUACAGAGCCCCCCUGUCUCCUUCUAUUCCCCUCCCCUCACCCCUUCUAUCCCCUCCUCAGACCAUGCUGGCUGUGUGCUGCCCUGUCAGUGUGAGCAUUGCAGAGCCCCCCCUGUCUCCUUCUAUCCCCUCCUCAGACCAUGCUGACUGUGUGCUGCCCUGUCAGUGUGAGCAUUGCAGAGUCCCCCUGUCUCCUUCUACCCCCCCCUUAGACCAUGCUGGGUGUGUCCUGCCCUGUCAGUGUGAGCAUUGCAGAGUCCCCUUGUCUCCUUCUAUCCCCUCCUCACACCAUGCUGGCUGUAUGCUGCCCUGUCAGUGUGAGCAUUGCAGAGCCCCCCGUCUCCUUUUAUCCCCUCCUCAGACAAUGCUGGCAGUGUCAUGCCCUGUCAGUGUGAGCAUUGCAGAGUCCCCCUGUCUCCUUCUAUCACCUCCUCAGACCAUGCUGGGUGUGUGCUGCCUUGUCAGUGUGAGCAUUGCAGAGUCCCCCUGUCUCCUUCUAUCCCUUCCUCAGACCAUGCUUGGUGUGUGCUGCCCUGUCAGUGUGAGCACUGCACAGUCCUCCUGCCUCCUUCUAUCCCCUCCUCAGACCAUGCUGGGUGAGUGCUGCCCUGUCAGUGUGAGCAUUGCAGAGUCCCCCUGUCUCCUUCUAUCCCCUCCUCAGACCAUGCUGGCUGUGUGCUGCCCUGUCAGUGUGAGCAUUGCAGAGUCCCCUUCAACUUCUGGGUCCCUCCCUGUGACCAUGCCAGGCUUUGUGUGCUGCCCUCUGUCAGUGUGAGCAUUGCAGAGUCCCCCUGUCUCCUUCUAUCCUCCUCAGACCAUGCUGGGUGUGUGCUGCCCUGUCAGUGUGAGCAAUGCAGAGUCCCCCUGUCUCCUUCUAUCCCCUCCUCCGACCAUGUUGGCUGUGUGCUGCCCCUGCACUUAAUCUGGGGCACAAUAUUAGGAUUUGGGGUGUCUGUCAAUAGGUUGUACCCAGUGAUUUAAUGUGAACCUAGCUGCAGUACUAACUGUGUGAGUGUAUUCUAAUGGGGGUGGGGGAAUUUAAAGGUUUAUGAUGUUUCAAAAUAAAGUUUAUUUUAUUUAUUUACUUUUGGUGACUUUAACAAAUAUAACUUGUAAGAUAGAUUGUUAGUACUGAGGUUUUUACUUUUACCAGUUAUCUUUAGCUAAAAGUAAUUUGUAAAAACUUAAUGCAAAAUUUAGACUGUCUAAGAUAACCUUAAACACAUUUGUUACCAAAUCUUUAAGUAACACUAUAGGGUCAAACAUUAAAACCACCAUCUAGCCCUCCUUGCCUCCCUAAAUAUAGUAAAAUCUUAUUUUUAUUCAAGUCUUCAGCUGCUGUCUCUGCCCCGAUCUGCCUGCUCUGCUGACAUCAUCAGAAAUGAUUCUCUUAGCCAAUCAUUGGCUUUGCUGAGCUUGUAAAGGAGGCAGAGCCAGCACAAGCCAAACACAGCCCUGGCCAAUCAGCAUCUCCUCAUAGAGUUGCAUUGAAUCAAUGCAUCUCUAUAAGGGAGGUUCAGUGUCUCCAUGCAGAGGGUGGAGACACUGAUAUGUUGUGAUGCACACUAGGCAAGACUGAGAUAGGAAGCACCUCUAGCAGCCAUCUGAGGAGUGGCCAGUGGAGUUAUCACUAGGCUGUAAUUGUAACAUAUUCAUCCUCACCUUGCGGUCAGCGGCCAUGCAUCUGCAUGAAUGACACUUGCGGCAUGUUAAUGGAUGCCGGCCGCUGCGGAUCCAAGGCUAAUUAUACCCCCACGCUCGCUCACGUAACUGACGACGUCGGCGUGCACGUCGCGCCUGCACGUUUUGGGGUCAAAGAGCGAGCACAGCCAAUCAGAAAGGUAAAGCAGGCAUAAAAGCCUAGAAUUACCUUUCCUCAUUGCCCUGUCGCUCAUUGCCCUGUCGUGGUUCCCCUAGUGGUUUUCCCAGUGGUGUAUCCUGGUUUUGUGCUGCCCUAGGCAGGACAAAACUCAGGCACCCCCUCCCCCCGUGCCACCUCCACCCAACCCUUCCCCCCACCCCGCCUUCUAAAUACACACACAUUCACUGAUAGAUACGCAUACACCAGCUAACAGAAACCGGGUAAUGGGGCCAGGGUGCUAUUUUGGCAAAUGAAAUGUAGUUUUUACAAGAUAGCAGAAUGUAUAAUGUCUAUGGAACUAUCUUUUGCAGAUAUUACAAAACACGUUUCCAGAUGAGAGAAACAGACUAUCGGAAUUCUGACAUCUAUGUCGGGAAACUCUAACCAAACUUACUUUUAACUUAGUGGAUCAAAAUUGAAGGCUUGACAAGUUAAGGGAGGUUCAAAGCAAAAUUCUGGGAGCAUCUUCAUAACCGACUCAUGAGACACGAAGUUAAGAAUCCAAUGACUGACAAGAUCUUGAAACUUACCCUGGAAAUUAUCUAUCUGUUGACGGGAGAGGUGAGGGGUUUUGGGCAAUGUAACCAUAAUAUAUCACCAGGCAAGGUUACCCAGAAAACCAAACCCAUUUUAUUCUUUAUGGGCUGCCAGAUCCACUGUAUUUUCCUGGACACAUGGUGGUCCUAUUAGUCUUUUUAGUCCUUAUUCUGCAGGAGACAAUUUGUCAGUCGACAAAGGCAGUUCCUCUGAGAUUCCCUCCUGCCUCGUGUGAAUUCCAAUUAAUUCAGGGCUGCACUAUUUAUUUGCCAAAAAUCACCAAACAGACUUAAUGUGUCUGAAAAACCAUGAUGGGCUUGGAAUCCCAAUCUAGAAGGGUGACUUUUGUCUAGGAAUUUUUAGCAGGUGACUUUUGUAUAGGAAUUUUUACAGUUGCUUUCUACGUAGAUUUGGGAAGCAGCCUGAAUGAUGACUUCCACCAGUUACACUGAUCAUUGAUAAGGCAUUGCUAAGAAAAUACGUAUUCUGGUCGGAUUUGGGACAAGACGUAUGUUGAUUUAAAGGUGAUGUUCAUUGCCUUAUUCUCCAUUCAUUCCUUUUAUAUCUAGGAUUAUAUUGUCGUGAAAAAUAAGGGUGAUAAUGUCGCAGGGGUCCGCGGCCUUUGUGCAACGGAGAGUGUCUGCAGGACUCAAAACCCUGUGAUGGCUCCUCAUAAUUCGUUGGAGGAGAACAGUGAGAAGAAAAUCCUUAGACUCGCCAACAAAAUAGUCAGCCUUCUGACCAGAGAGGUGAGUGAUUGGACGGAAAUGUUAUGUAGCCCAUGGGUUUGAUCUCCUAACGGAAAUUUCUGGUAAACGACAAAAAAUUUCCCAUUUCAGGUUUCUUUGCGAUGCGACAAUGAAGCUGUAACUUUUUCGAAGAAAGAAGGAGACUAUUUAGAAGAAGAUAAGGAUCCUCACAAAGAUGUGGUGGGAGAGAAUCUGUGCUCCGUCAGUUCUCAGGGUAAAAAGAGCGAAUGCCAAGUGUUGGGUAAUUCAGGGAGCAGGUGAUGACGUUGAAAUAAAUAAAACCUGAUUCUUGGAGCGUUAGUAAUGGACACUUUGCUUUUGUUUAUAUUUACUUCUUCUCUUUUUAGAGAUAUAUAAAUAUAUAUAUAUAUUUUUUUUUUAUAUAUAUUCGGAAAAAUCAAGUCUGUCCUGCGACUUCCUGCAGGACUAGAUAUUCCUAUUCGGCAAUAUAUAAGAGCAAUUAAAUGGACACUGUAGUCAUAAGAACCAUAAUGUAGUGGUUCCUGUGUGUAUAGCCUGUGCCCAGGGCCACCAUCAGGGUGUGACAACUUUCUUUCUCUGCACACAUAGAUAGCGAAUAUCGCCAUCUAUGUGUGCAGCCGCGGGCCCCCGGCUCCCAGUUACCACAGAGGGGGCCCAGCACACAGUUUUAACUCUCGCGAGACCUGGUUACCAUGGCAAUGCUCCGCGGGUCUUGCUAGAGGUUUUAGAAGAGAGGAGAAGAGGCAGUCUGCUGGGCCCCCAUGCCACCGGACCACCAGGGAUCAUGGAAUCUCCCCCCUCCCUGGACACAGGUAAGCAGGGAGGGGGUAGAAACAUUUAAUUAAACUUAAUAUAAAAUUUAAAAAAAUAAUGGGAAAAUGCCCAUCCCCCCCCAGUUUGCACAUUUACACACACACACUGCAUACACUAACACAACACACACACUGCAUACAUCAACACACACACUGCAUACACUAACACAACACACACACUGCAUACACUACACUGACACACACUCUGCAUUCACUACACUAACACACUCUCUGCAUUCACUACACAUUACACUAACACACACUGUGCAUCCGCUACACAUUAACACAUUCUGCAUUCACUGCACUAACACACACUACAUUCAUUACACUGACACACUCUGCAUUCACUACACACUGACACACUCUGCAUUCACUACACACUAACACACACUCUGCAUUCAUUACACACUAACACACUCUGCAUUCAUUACACACUAACACACACUCUGCAUUCAUUACACACUAACACACACUCUGCAUUCAUUACACACUAACACACACUCUGCAUUCACUAAACUAUGCACACACUUCACUAUACUGACACACACUCUGCAUUCACUACACUAACAUACACUCUGCAUUAACUGUACACACAGCAUCCACUACACAAACAUCCUGUAUUCACAGUACACACACUACAUCCACCACAAAUUGAAACACUCUGAAUUCACUCUACACAGACACUGCGUCUAAUACAUCCACUACAGACACUGCAUCCACUAAACACAUUUCAUCUAGUACAUACAAACACUACAUCCACUACACAAACACACACUACAUCACUGUACACACACUACAUCCACUACUCAAACACACUCUGCAUUCCCUAUACACACUGCAUCCGCUACACAAACACACCCUCUGCAUUCACUGCACAAACCGUAUCUAAUACACACAAACACUACAUCCAUUACACACAUUCUAAUUCACUUCCACUAUACACACCACAUUCAGUCCUGCAUCAUUGUCAGCGGACUAGGUAGGGUGUGGGCGGGCCCGGGAGGGGGGCCAAGACCUUGUGCUUUGUCAGGGGCCGCAAAAAUUCUGAUGGUGGCCCUGCCUGUGCCUGUAGGCAUUUCAAUGUAAACACCUUGGAACACCUGGUAGCAGUUACACAGACGUGCUUCCUAGUCCAGUGAUGCACAGCGUGCAGCACUGGUGUGUAGCAUUUCCACGCUUUGCAUGGAGAUGCUAAACGUUCUCCAUAGAGAUACAUUGAUUCAAUGCAUCUCUAUGAGGAGAUGCUGAUUGUUGCAGCACAGUGUUUUGCCUUGUAUGCGCAUAGCCUCCCAAUGCUUUCCUAUGGGUAAGAAUUGGAUUGGCUGAGAUCAUCAAGAUUGAAGAUCUCAGUCAUGCAGGUGGUGCUAGCUGCCGCGAAACUGGCAUGGGAGAAAAGGUGAGUAAAAUCCCCUUGUUACUGUGAGUGGAGGGUGCCAGUCACUCAAACAGCCACUCCAGGACUAUAGUGUCAGGAAUGCAUGUUUGUAUAUAUUUUUUUUUUUUUUGCCUUUGGCUUAUUAAGAUAAAAAUGGAAGUGUAACUUUUUUGUGAAACUUGGGAUGCACAUGGCUUAGGAAUAAAGGCAAAGAAAUCUGUCAUGUCCUGGCAGCUGCUUGCAUCGAUGUUCAUGGCGUGACUGGCAUUCCCUAAUGCUUAGCAUGUUAGCCAUCGUUUCGCAGCCAUUGUGUACAGCUUCUGCAUCCAUUAGGGCAGCAUCUUAAAGGGAAAAGAAGGUUAACCCCUUAAGGACCAAACUUCUGGAAUAAAAGGGAAUCAUGACAUGUCACAUAUGUCAUGUGUCCUUAAGGGGUUAAAUGUUGGUCUCACAGUAAUCAUGUGUAAUAUUACACAGAAAUCACAAUAAUGUGGAAAUAACAAGACCAGUCUUAACAAUGUUGUUGUAUUAAUGCUUGGAUUACAGGAACAAACUGUUAAAACAUUCUCUGAUUUGAAAAUGCUGUAAUAAAGUGUGGAUCCUGAACUCUUUGUAAAUUGCCAACCCCCGUAACUCUCAGCCAGGCCUUUCCUGAUUGAGAGAGAUGGAAGUUAGAUGUCUGUGAUUCCAUAUUGUAGGUAGUUGCCUUUAAAAAGAAAAAAAAAAAAAAACCCUAUCCUAAUACCACCUAUCCCUUGUUAAAAAGAGAGUAGUUUCUGAACAUUAUCAAUGUAACAUUAAUUUUGUUAUGAGUACUAGCAAACAUCUGAUAUAUGUAGACAGUGAGGGGCAAUUUCAUCUUCAAUUUCUUUGGAAGCUUGAUGUCAUCAUUUGUCAUGUUUAUCUACUGUAUUUGUAAGCAUACAAUAACAAUAUUAUGUGAAAUGUUCUCAUCAGAGAUUAUUCAAAGUCAAUCAGAAUGGAAUGUGAUCGACUCUAAGGAACGCCAAGACAAGAGCGUGCAAACCGAAUUCUGUACAGGUCAGUGAUAUAAACACACUGAGACACUUACUGUAUAUUAAUAUCUUACACACAGUGUGCUGGCAGUGAUAUACACAGCCUCUGCUAACACACUGACACACACUGUGACACAGAACUACUGAGACACUUAUUGUAUAUUAAUAUCUCACACACAGUGUGCAGGCAGUGAUAUACACACCCUCUGCUAACACACUGUGACACAGAACUACUGAGACACUUAUUGUAUAUUAAUAUCUCACACACAGUGUGCAGGCAGUGAUAUACACACCCUGUGCUAACACACUGACACACACUGAGACACUUACUGUAUAUUAAUAUCUUACACAUAGUGUGCAGGCAGUGAUAUACACACCCUCUGCUGACACACACUGAGACACUUACUGUAUAUUAAUAUCUUACACAUAGUGUGCAGGCAGUGAUAUACACACCCUCUGCUAACACACUGACACACUGUGACACAGAACUACUGAGACACUUACUGUAUAUUAAUAUCUUACACAUAGUGUGCAGGCAGUGAUAUACACACCCUCUGCUAACACACUGACACACACUGAGACACUUACUGUAUAUUAAUAUCUUACACAUAGUGUGCAGGCAGUGAUAUACACACCCUCUGCUAACACACUGACACACACUGAGACACUUACUGUAUAUUAAUAUCUUACACAUAGUGUGCAGGCAGUGAUAUACACACCCUCUGCUAACACACUGACACACACUGAGACACUUACUGUAUAUUAAUAUCUUACACACAGUGUGCAGGCAGUGAUAUAUACACCCACUGACACACACUGUGACACAGAACUACUGAGACACUUAUUGUAUAUUAAUAUCUUACACACAGUGUGCAGGCAGUGAUAUACACACUGACACACACUGUGACACAGAACUACUGAGAUACUUUACUGUAUAGUAAAGCAUUCUCUAAGUACCAUAACUACAACAAAAGCUUAUUGUAAUGUUUAGUAACACAAAACCUGCCCACUUUUUAUCUACAGUGAUAAUAUGGAAACUACACUUCUGUGGUGUUAUCGAGUGUGUUUCCUUACAAUCUGUCCGGCAAUGAAAGGUUGAGGUUGCAGGGCUAACCUACUACUGCAAUUGAGUAGGUUUUUCUGAGGCUUUACACAGUGUAUUUGGCCCAAUCCAGUUAUCUCGUUCAGUAUCUGUGACGUGCCACCGACAUAUAAUCUUUUACUGUGUUAGAGAACACGCUGCCAGAGCCUAGAUUUUCCAUAUCUACAGCAGAAGAAAUGAGAAGAUUGCAUCCCUCCGAGAUAGAAGAAAAUGAAUUCACUAGUCCAGAGUAUAAGGUAUGAUUUACCAGCAGUUACCUUACAUAAAUCGCCAUAAGAUGUUGUUUGUUGGAUUUUGCCAGCAGCAUUUCUACUAUGAUGCCUUAACCCCUGGAUUGUUCUGUUAAAUUCACUGCUGCUGUGCAUGCAGGAAUAGCGGUAAUAUGUAUCACAUGUAUUGGGAUUCCCUACCUAGUAGAUGGAGUGGGUAAAGUGGCACAAGACGUAAGGUUAUCAUGUACCCCAUGUAGGUUCCUAGAAUAGUUUACAAUGAAGGGUUAGUUUAUCGGAUAGCACAGUUGCAGGAGAGGAAUCGGUGCAGUUGGGAAAGCUAUUAAACCCUUAAGGACACAUGACGGAAAUAUUCUGUCAUGAAACUGUGUCAUUUAGAGGUUAACGAUUUAAUUGAUUUAGUUUCCUAAAGAAGUGAAUUUUAAAUGAUUUUGUGACGGAACUGAGACUGGGUGAAAGUCUAACGGAGCAGGGAAGGGAGUACCAUAGGAUCGGUGCGGCCGUAGAGAGGUACUGAAGGCGAGUGUCAGAGAUCCGAGUACAAACAGAGGAGAGGAACCUUUUCGGUGUUUGAUACUGUUCAAAUGCUUGAAUACCUGGGAGUACACAAAAAGAAAACCUCUGUUUCUUAAAGAUUCAAAUGGAAUGCCUGUUUCUAUUUGUUUCCCUGAAUAUCUCAGUUGUGUGUUGUGAUAUGUUGACCAGCAAUAUAAUUGUGACUGAUUGAUCUUGUGUUUUAGAUGGAGCAAGGAGUCAGGAUAUGUACUGUGCAAUGUAAGGAGGAAGAGUUUCCUACAGAGAUCAGCCCAGGUGAGGCAUAGAUUAUUUGUGUAUGUACUGUCAGACAUAAACAAUAUUCUAUCUGGGACUUAGGUGGCUGAUAGAAUUAUAGGGAAAGGUAAUCUUGGAACACAACAACUUUCUUUAUAGAAAAUGUUUUUUAGAAUUAAACCCAAUUUGAGCUGUCCCAAAUUUUUUUUAUUCUUUAACCCCACUAUGAGGGCUCUUGAGAACAUCACAAGUGCUCUCAUGUGCAGAUCCUAGAGUGUAUCAGUGCAUCUGGAGCAACACAUUGUGAAAAAGUCACGCAAAGGUGACACAGACCAUAUUGUGUUAGAUUUUUGCAUCCAUUGUACUGCAAGCCCCAAUUAGCACAAUAGUGAUUGCUUGUGUUAAACGCUGUCUCUGUAUAUAUAAAGUUGAUUACAAUAUUUUGUCCACUCCAGUAGAUGUCCCAGGCGAUGAGGAAGCUCAGCCGGAAGAACGCAGUAUUUAUUUUUCGACUCCAGAAAAGGUCAUAAAAAAUAAUAUGAUCAACCAAGAUGAUAAAGGAAAAGAAGUUAUAAAUUACAGCUCGUCUAGAAAGCAUUUGAAAAAAACAGAGACCGUUUCAAGUACAGACCCGUCUUUCCCUAAAGAUCUGAAACCUGAUGAGGAUUCAAGUCUUCCCCUCCGUAAACGUUGCAAGGAUAGCUUGGCGGCACAGAAAAACCAAGAGGAUUUGUUUGGAAAUUCUUAUGAGUGCAGGAAAUGUGAGAUAAGCUUUAAUGAUGAGUUGGCUUUUCUGUCUCAUGAGAAAUGGCACGGGGUCGAGCUUUACAACUGCACCGAAUGCAGAGAAUGUUUCACGGACUACGCAGAUUUUGCCACACAUCUAACCACUCACAACGUGCAAUACUGGAAACAUUUAUUUUCACAACCCAGAUCUCACCCGCUACAGACGGUUCAUGCAGGUCAGAAACCAUUCACCUGCUCCGACUGCGGGAAGUGUUUUGCGUAUAACUCAGCCUUUCUCCGUCAUCGGAGAAUUCACACCGGAGAGAAACCAUUUGUUUGCAUUGAAUGUGGGAAGUGUUUUUCUCAAAACACACAUCUGGCUAAACACCGAAAUAAACACAACACAAUGAAGACAGUGUAAUAAUUGAACAUCUCACAUUUUCUGUGUUUUUUUUUUUUUGUUUUGUUAUGUUUCAUAUUUAGUUUACAAACUAUUUCUCUAUUGAAAAAAUAAAUAAAUCAAAAAUAGAAUUUAUUAUACGGUUAUUCUUGUUUCUGAUGCAGUCCAGAGGGGGACAUUGAGUUGUAUGUUAUACUAGGUACCCACAAUUGUAUGUACAUCGGUUAACUCAUUAGUUAUAUGGUAAAACAUACAAAAUGGCUGCAGUUUCUGGAUUAUGGGAUCUUGAAGGAUGCACAAAGUUCCAAGAAGCAUCUCAAAGCAGACUAUUUAAACACGAUGUAUACAUUUAUUUUCUUUU